CUGGGUUCCCUCUCGCAAUUUAAGCCCUAGUUAUCCUUUCGAAAUUCUCUGCAUCAAAUCGCCGCCUCCUUCCGCCGCUCAUUCUCUCUCGCCCGUCUGAUUAAAAUGCCGACGAUCGAAAGCUUGCUCAAUCCAUCCGCCUUCAACCUAUUUUCCUCCAAAUCCUUGUUCAAUCCUUCCAUUUCCAGUUCCUCCAUUUUCUCGCCCGCUCCGCGAUUGCGCAGAUUAAGUUCUUCUUCGUCGCUGUCGAUUAGGUGCUCGGCAACUCAGCAAAUGGAGGCUGUGGUUGAUUCUGUAAGUCCAGAGCAGUUCCGAGUAGAUGUUCUCUCGGAAUCACUGCCAUUCAUACAGAAAUUUCGAGGUAAAACGAUUGUUGUGAAGUACGGUGGGGCCGCCAUGAAAUCGCGGUCGCUCCAGGCUUCGGUUGUUAAUGAUCUUGUACUUCUGUCCUGCGUCGGCCUUCGUCCGAUCUUGGUCCAUGGCGGCGGGCCGGAAAUCAACAACUGGCUCAAACGGCUCAACAUUGAGGUCGUUUUCCGCGACGGUCUCCGUGUGACCGACGCCGAAACGAUGAAAAUAGUGUCGAUGGUGUUGGUCGGCGACGUGAAUAAGAACCUGGUGUCGUUGAUCAAUAAGGCCGGAGCAUCGGCUGCAGGGCUCUGCGGUGUGGAUGGGCGGCUACUGACGGCUCGUCCAGCCCCUAACGCGGCACAGUUAGGAUUUGUAGGCGAGGUCGCACGUGUGGAUCCUACGGUUCUACAGGCACUUCUGGACAAAGGCCACAUUCCGGCGGUUUCUUCGGUGGCUGCCGAUGAGUCGGGGCAGAUGUACAAUAUCAACGCGGACACAGUUGCCGGAGAAUUAGCGGCGGCGCUGGGAGCGGAGAAGCUGAUCUUACUGACGGAUGUGGCGGGGAUUCUGGAAGACCGUGACGAUCCGAAAAGCUUAGUGAAGCAGAUAGACAUAAAAGGAGUGAAGAAGAUGAUGGAAGAGGGAAGAAUCGGCGGAGGGAUGAUUCCAAAGGUGAAUUGUUGUGUCCGAUCGUUGGCUCAAGGGGUGAGGACGGCGAGUAUCAUUGACGGGAGGCUGGAGCAUUCGUUGCUGCUAGAGAUCAUGACUGACAAUGGAGCCGGAACCAUGAUUAUAGGCUAAGCUCAGAGUUAUGAAGCUUUGAACUCCUUGAAUUUUCUAGGAAAUGUAUACAGUUCAUCAAUGGUGAUGAUAUCUGAUCUGGGAAAACAUAUUUGGAUGAAUGUUUUUCAAAUGCUGAUAGCAGACCAACUUGUGGAUAGUGUUCUUGUAGGAGGCAAUUUGAUGUUGUGGAAGAGUAAGAAACAAAGUGUGGUUUCAUGUUCAAGUAUUGAGUCAUAAUAGAGUUAUGACACAAUUUGUGUGUGAAAUAGUGUAUAUACAUCAACUUCUGAUUGAGAUAGGUUUUGAUAUUACUAUGCCGUGAUGUUACAAUCAACUUGCACUUCACAUUGUGUGUAAUCGAGUGUUUCAUGAGUGAAUUGUGAGAUCCCACAUCGAUUGGAGAAAGGAUCGAGUGCUAGCGAAGACGUUGGACCCUGGAGGAGAGUGGAUUGUGAGAUUCCAUAGUUGCGAACGGAGAGUGUGUUCACGAGUAUUGAAACACAUUUCAUACCCAUGUUCUUCAUCCCACCAAUACUAUUCUUUUGAUCAUUGCCUCU